GUUGUCAGCUGACAGCGACGAUUGAUGGUUGUAUCGUGUGCGUGUGGCCAAUGGACUGGGUCUACGAACGUUAUAAUAGUGCACUAGCGAUUUAAUUUUAAGGUGCAUUGUCAAUAUUUUUAUGAGAUUUGGGUGAUAUCCAAAGACACCACGAACGAUUUGCAUCUGUAAAAACAUUUAUGCUCUUGGACGUCGGUUAGCUGCUGGAAAAAGAUUGUGGAGAUGGGUAAGCAGCUCCGCUGGGGCGUGUGCGGCACCGGCAUGAUCGCGCACGAUUUCCUCACUGCGCUCGGGACGUUGCCGGCGGACCAACAUCGGGCUUGCGCCGUCGCCGGCAAGGAACGUGAACGGACACAGAGACUCGCGAGUUUACACCAAGCGAGAAUUCACGAGUCGUAUGAGGCGCUCGCUUCCGAUAACAACAUAGACAUUGUAUUCGUCAGCGUGCUAAACCUCCAGCACUACGAAAUAACCAAGCUCAUGCUGGAGCACGGCAAGCACGUCCUCUGCGAGAAACCAAUGAGCAUGACACACAAGCAAACACAAGAACUCGUCCACAUAGCGAGGGCACGAAAACUGUUUCUGUUAGAAGGCAUGUGGUCGAGAUUCUUUCCCGCGUACGAUGCUUUGGACAAGCACAUAGCUGGGGGAGGCUUGGGAGACGUGUAUCAUGUCAACGUGCAGUUCGGAGUCGAGAUCAAUGAUAUUGAGAGGAAUUUAAUGAAAGACCUCGGAGGCGGCGCGGUGCUCGACCUGGGCCUCUACAUGCUGCAACUAGUCCAAUGGAUCUUCAAGACCCCGCCUGCAGAUGUCGUGUGUACGGGACAUAAGAGCAAUACAGGCGUGGAUGAGUCGCUGUCAUGUGCGCUCAAGUACCCUGAUGGGAAGACUGCGACUAUUGCGGCCCAUACUAGGGUCGCUAUGGGCAAUAAGGCUGAGAUUGUCGGCACUAAGGGCUCUGUCACUCUGGACUACUUCUGGUGCCCGACGGCGCUUCGCCUGUCGGCCGCCAACAGCACGGAGUGGACGCUCCCUCGAGGCCGGUUCAACUUCCAUUUCCACAACAGCGCCGGCCUUUCAUAUCAGAUACAGGAGUGUCAUGAUUGUAUUUCAAAAGGAUUACUAGAAAGCCCAAAGCUGCCACUAGACGAAAGCAUACUCCUGUCUAAACUGGCCGACACGAUGCGAUCGCAACUAGGGGUUCUAGACAACGAAUUAUAACGCAUUUACCCUGGCCCGCCGGCCUUUAUUGGCUCAUUUACCUGUGACAAAAAAAGGCUAGGACAACAAACAGCUCCAAUUGUACAGUCUGCAACAAUAUUAUGUUGGACAGCGAAACGCGCAAAAAUAUGUCACACACAAAAUGAAUAGUUGAGUAAAGCUCAUGUUAUACAGGUGGCCCACAACACGGCUACAAAAUAUUUUUUGGAAUAAUUUUCUAAGACGUGUAGUCUUUUACUGUUUGCUGUAGGACACGCACAUAAAUUUAUUCAGUUUCAAUUGUACCGGGGUGUCAGUUUUACUUUUUUAUAAGUCCAGACUUACUCAGCUUUGCCUGAAUCACAUGUUAAUUAUAAUAUAUAUCCGCAAUACUUUAUCAAUUUAUCAUAUUAUGGUAAUAGAUAAUAAUUUAUUGCUCUAAGUGACCAAUAUCCGGGCGGAGCCCUAUCGAGCCCUGCGCGGGGCCGCCGACUCGCCGCUCCUCCAGUAGGAGCGCCGAGAGUACUUAUAAACGGUCGUGCAAACAGAGGUGGUUCGUUUUAUUUUCAAGAAAAUAUACAUGUGAAGGCUCAGCGCCCGAGUUGUUAAAGUAAUGUAUAUUAUGGAUUUAUAAAGUUUUCAGCUUUUUUAAUAUAAUCAGGUUAACGAUUAAUAUCUAGGGGCGUUUGUAUAUUAUUAUCAAUAUUUUGUGUAUAUCAGUGGACAAGACACUCGGCGCGCGCCGGCACCGAGCGACACUGGCAGGCUGCGACUAUAUUAUUUAGUUUAUCAUUAAAAAUUAUAAUACUGGUUUCAAUUUCCGGGUUGUAUGAGGCCACCCUGUAUAUUAUGGUAGGUUUCGUUCUGCAAGAUGCUAAAUAUUGCAAAAUUAGCAAAUUACUGUACAAUGGGAUAGUGACGUCAUAGAACAAAUGAUAGAACAAAACGAGAAUAAUAAUAGCCAGUGGAAUUUUAGUGUUACAUCUACAGAUAUUUAAAAAAUAAAGAAUAUACCAAAAACGUUUAACCCACCCAGUGCUAGUAGUUAUACAUAAUGGGGUGAUUACUCUAUUCAGUACUUUAUUUAUACAUUAGCAUUAAAAUAAAGUGAGUAUUUAAGCGUUAAUAUCGUCUUACAAGUAUAAACAAAUUAGAUAGAUAUUUAAUGAUAGUUAUUUAUAGAAUUGUGUGUAGGUAUAAAACGGCUGGCAUGAGAUUUUAACUUAUUUUUAUAGAAUGGUUAGGAAGAAAGUUAGAAAAUUUUAAAGCAAAUUCUAGGUUAUAAAUAACAAUGUGAAAUAUCAGCGGAACAAAUGAAUGUGAUAAUACAAUUGGUCGAUAUCGAACUAUUAUAAAUAUAAUGAUUUUAAUGUGAAGCUAGCUUUAGAUCUAUUAUAAUACGUAUUAUUUAUUUACUAACUGUAUGUUACUUUUAAUAUGUAUUUUUGUACAAUAAAGAGUUUACUGCUAUUUAUACAUACAAUACUUAUACAUAAAAAUUAAGCUGCUUCAUAUUUCUCGGUCUAUUAAAUUUUACCCCCGCACAAUAUACAAAGUAAUAGUAUCAUACCUAUUUAAUAUUUUAAUUAGGUAUGGCAUAUUGUAUCAUAUAAACUUAAUCAAAGAGAACAAAGUAAUAACAUUUGAUUGUUAUUGUCACACUAAUAAAUGUAAAAUCAGUAAAAAAAAAAUUAAAACAUCGCAAGAGGUUGCCCUGUUACAUUAAAUAUAUAUGUUUUAAAUUUACCUCGACUAACUGUGAUUGCCCGGAGAGAAAUGUACACUAAACAUAUAUUUUAUUUAUUAAGAGACCAAUCCGAUCUGUUCACCAAUUUAUAGUUCAACUAGCCUAGAAUUAUAUAGAAAUAUUAUACUAAUCGGUUCAAGCCUAAGUAAGCAAUAACUUUAACAAAAAUAAAAGAAUCGGCUUAUACCGUAGUUUAUUUCUUAUUUUCUUAGCAUAUUUAACCGAGUGAUAUAGGUAUCGGCGGGAUAGUUGUGGCGAAUGAUUACACACAGAGCUAAUCGCAACAACAGUAUUGAAUGAAUGAAUGAUUGUGACUUAAAUGCACGAUAUUUAGCAAAAAAAACUUCGAAGAAACUUUUUGGUCCAUCUAGCAGUUGGCGGUUCACUUUUUUUUAAGUAAGUAGUUAAGGCUAUUGCCAAUCCUGUAAAAAUAAUAAAAAAGUUGGCGGUUUAACUUGCUAUCAUUACAUGAAUGUGUUGUUGUGUGCGUGACUUCAACACUAGUGCCAAUACCUAUAAUGCUGUUAUUCAAAUGAAGUAUUUUGUCGGCUUAACAAGAGUUCAGCAGACCUUACUAGGAAUGUUUUGAUGUUAAGGUGACCCUAUGGAUAACUUAAGUAUUAUUUUUGAAUAGAUAUGUAAAAUUUACUGAAGACGUUCACCGGAUUUAAGUUACUGAAAAGUAAAUCUUAUGACAAGGCAGUAUGGCUUAGAGCUUUAGCCUGUCCAAAUGGACGAAAAAAAAAAGUAAUAUUUAAACGGCGUCUGUACUUUCUACCUUGAUGCAUUUUCUAAAAGCUGUAACAGACGGGCGUACCGCACCGCAACCUUAAUUCGAUGAGAAUAUCUCUUUCUCGCUCUCACUUAUAGCUGCGUCCUUAACGGUCGUACGGCGGACCACCUUCUAUACGAUCGGACAGUCCUCGGACCGGUUCUAGGUCGCAGGCCGGAACGCCUGUCUGUUACAGCGUUAAGACUUGUCACAAGCAAUUUACUGAAAUUCAUGUACUUAUUUAGGUUAGGUUAGAGAGUUCGCACAAAGAUUUAAUAUGUCUUCUACUCACCCUUUAAAUAAAUAAUUAUUGUAUUCUUCUGUACACACCUCAUAAAAAUAUAUAUACAAUUAUAACUGG